CCCUGCUUCGAGUUGAUUUCGCUUCUCAGGGUUUGCCAUUCCUUUUCAUUUCCUUACUUCGAACAGCAACUUUGAUCAUUGAACAAACAUGAAAUUGUAUUUUCUUUUUCCGUUCAUUAUCGACUCCGUCUUUAUCAACUUUUAGUGUCCAUCAAUCGAAACGAUUUACUCAUUUCCUUUUCUUUUGCUACUCAACAGAAACAAAAGUAGCUGGAAAAUGCAUCCACCUUCAUUCCAGGAUUGACCAUGUUUUGUGAUAGUUUGUGAACAGUGGAUAAACCCUGAAUAAGACGAAUCUUAAAGUAGCUUGAAAGCACUCAGCAUUAUCAGAAUUCAUUCUUGUUUCGUUUAUUCUGCUCAAUCAGUUUGUUCCAAGAUUCAUUUGGUUCAGUGAUUUACAGAGACGGAAUUUGCAAGUUCCAAAUAGUUUGAGUUUCUUGGAAGGGAGAAGAAAAUGAAGUGUAAAUGAAUUCUUCUCCCUUUCUGAUUCCUUGUCAUUCCGUUGCAACCAAGUGAGACCCACUAGUGAACGAUGGAUGAAGAUGACUUGAAUCUGACCGCAAGUGAUUGGAAUGAUGUUGCCGUUAGUUCGACCGAGCCGAACAUUGAAUCACCAAAGACUUUGUUGAUGAUUGUGAGUUUAACUGCUGUUACCAUAUUUACCAUUGUAGGCAACACAAUGGUCAUUAUAUCAAUAUUUUCAUAUCGUCCGUUGAAAAAUGUUCAAAACAUGUUCCUUGUAAGCCUUGCUUCGGCUGACAUUGCGGUUGCCGUUAUUGUUAUGCCUUUCAGUAUUGUUGAUAUGCUAUUGGAUCGAUGGAUUUUCGGCACUUUUUUGUGUGAAAUGUGGCUCACUUCGGAUGUACUUCUGUGCACCGCUUCCAUACUAAACCUUUGUGCCAUUGCAUUGGACCGUUACUGGGCCAUUUAUGAUCCCAUCAAUUAUGCUCAGCGACGAACCGUCCGAGCCGUUUUGUGUAAAAUUGCCGCCAUUUGGAUAAUUUCGGGUGUCAUCUCGAUUCCACCCAUUUUCGGUUGGAACGAUUGGCCCGAUUCCUUUGACGGUGACACACCUUGUAAAUACAGUGAACACAUCGGUUACGUCAUCUAUUCAGCUUCAGGUUCAUUCUAUGUUCCACUGGUUAUCAUGUCGGUAGUUUAUUACAAAAUUUACAAAGCGACUCGUAAAAGGUUACGAGAACGUGCCAAUGUUCCAAAUCAAUCGAUAGGACUUCAUUCAACCACAACGGGAACAACUUCAUUGUCCAUGUCAGGUGCAGUUAGUGCCAGUGUUGUAAAUUCAACAAACAUAACUUUAAACGACUCGACCAACAACCGAAUCAACAAUAUUGUCAGCAAUAAUAAUCGCACCAAUAGAUGUGAUAACACGGUUGGUUGUGGAACCAAUGAAUCCUCUUCCCAGUCUUCAUCACCAAUCCUUCAAGGUUCCCGUCAUGACCACAAUUUACCUUCAAUAACAGACAAAUAUAUAGUGAUGGACGAUUCAUCAAGAACCGAAUCGGCAACGGGUGAUACAAUAAAUGAAAGUAUAAAAUCGAGCAAAUCGACCAGUCGUUCAGCCAGCAAAAAGCACGGGACAAGCAAAUCAGGAGGUCAACCAAACACAGUGGCCAAGUUUUGGGAAGAAAAGCAAAGAAUUAGUUUAUCAAAGGAAAGACGAGCAGCCCGUAUACUGGGAGUAGUGAUGGGAGUCUUUACCAUUUGCUGGUUACCUUUUUUCAUCAUGUACCUAGUAAUACCUUUCUAUCCGUAUGUUUCAUUUGAGGUACGAGCUUUUAUUACCUGGUUGGGUUACUUUAAUUCAGCUUUGAAUCCAGUUAUUUAUACCAUUUUCAAUGUUGACUUCAGAAGAGCCUUUGCAAGGCAAUUACGAUGCUCUACACGAUCAGAUUGAUUUGAUCAAUAUUCAAUAAAACUAACAACUCUUGAACGUUCAACAAGAAAACAAGACCAAAACACAAAUCAACAAAGAAUAACCAAUUGUCUUCUUCAUCCUUUUUCUUCUUCUUUUUCCCAUUCUCUUUAUUUCUUUUCUCUUAUUUCCUUUUCUUCAUUCCAUGUAUUUUUAUGAACAAAAAUAGACAGCUAAAGACAAACGAUCCAAAAAUACUCAACAGUUGAGAGGCUGAUAGUAAUAAAGCAAAGGGAAAAGUGUUCAGAACAUGUAAUGCUGGAAAUACCUCGAAAAGUUGACUUUUGUUCAUUUCAUGUUUUCCUCUUUUAGUUACCUUUUUUCACUCAAAUUGAUUUGGUGAACAUUUUUGUCAGCUUUAAAUUGGUUUCAACAAUAUUAUUGUGUUAGAUAAUUGAUAUAAUAAAUGCCAAAGGUGCUACUUUUCGUUAUUGUUAUGAAUAAUGACAAUGUUGGAAAUGUAUUAUAAAAAGUAUACAACAAAUGUAUAAAUAUAAAUAUAUAAAUAUAAAUCGAAUGAUAAAAUUUUGUAUAAAUAAUCAAAGAAGCCAAAUGUUAACAUUUAUAAUAACAAAUAUCUGAAUAUAUAAAAGUUUGAGAAAAGAAAUGAACAAUUUUCCUUUUUCAUUCCAAUUUAACCCUUUCUCUUCUUCCCUUUCGUCUCAAUUCAUUUUUCAUCAAAAGCAACAUCUUUUUUACUUACUUCCUUCAAAAUAACAUCUUUAUUACUGAUAACUUGAGUGUGAUGAGAAAUAAAAUAAUAUUCAUCUUUUCGUUGCUUCUAUUUCUUUUACUACAAAUUCCUGCUCAUC